AUGAUUGGAUCAGGAGGGUUUGGCAUCGUUUAUCGAUGUCAACUACGAAAUUCGCUGUCAAAUUCAAGUCAAAUCGUGGCGCUAAAGGUUCUCGCUACUCCGUGCAAACUUAGACCGAAGGAGUUGGGAGCAUUUGUGGGGGAAGCGAGUAUAUUAAAGUCUCUUGUGGACUGUCCUCACAUCGUUCGGUUCUUGGGGCUAUGCAUUGACCCUGGCCACUAUGCAAUUGUCAUGGAAUAUGUCGAAUAUGGUAAUUUGGAAAACAUGUUGCUUUCAGGAGUAGACGAGCAUCCAGUGAUCAAACAGUGGAAUUGUCGUAUUCGAAUGGCAGCAGACAUUGCUAAAGGAAUGAACUACUUACACAGUCGAGCGAAACCAAUUAUUCAUGGAGAUUUGAAGACUGCAAAUGUAUUGGUGGAUUGCAACUACUGUUGUAAAAUUAUUGAUUUUGGGUUGGCAAAAGUAUAUGCAAUUGUUCUGUGGCAGCUGAAGGAACUGAAAUGUGUUAAUGGUUAUUCCUCUGGUGUAAAUCAUGCCGUCAUUCGAGCUAAUGUGGUGGUUGGUGUCAGGCCUCCACUAAGUAAUGAUGAUGAGUGCCUAGAAGAAUAUAGAGAUCUCAUUGUUCGUUGCUGGAAUGCAGAGCCGGAUAAAUUGUGA